AUGUCUCCAGAGGGCUCCGAGGGUGUAAAGCCUCCGGGGCAAAUAACAGAAGUCACGCCGCACAAGGACGUCGAGCAACGAAUCCCUCCCGAUCAUUUCGACUCGGCGUAUCGCACCACGCGAUGGGAGAUCUGGGCCUAUUAUGCCUACUACAUUGGGAACAAUGGGCUCUCGUUGUUUAACUUCGGCCCGACUGCUUUCCAAAACCUCCUCUAUCAGGCUGCCGGGGACGAGGAAACCCUUCUUUUCGCCGGUCGGCAACGCUCCAUCAACAGCAUAGUUCUCCUCAGCAACGGCAUAUCAUUCGCAAUCCAAGUCGUCGUCUUCCUCGUCAUCGGUAGUUUCGCUGAUUUCGGGAAAUGGCGACCCAACAUCCUCAUUGGCCUGUCGAUAAUUGCCUACGGGAUUGGCUUUGGCUGGCUGGGCGUCCACACGGCAGAUAAAUGGCACAUCGGGGUUGGGCUGUAUAUUGUCGGGUUGAUCGCCUAUCAGACGACUCUGACCUUCUGGAUGGCGGCGUUCCCGGGUUUGGCGCGCAAUACUCCGGAGAUGUAUGCCAAAUCCGAGGAAUAUGUUGCUGGUCACAUCUCGCGCGAAGAGUACGACUAUGCCGACAGUCUAGAGCGCAGUCGGUUGGCCAACGUAUCAUUCUACAUCCAGUCGGUCGCAGAGAUAUUCAUCCUCGCGAUCAUCGUUGGAAUCAUGUUCGGCUUGCGCGUGGAUGACAACGAGCAGAAUAAUAAUUGGGGGCUGAGCGUGUUGAUUGCAUUUGCCACGGGAGUAUGGCUUCUGGUGUCUCUGCCGUGGUUCUUUCUCGAGAAACGCCGACCGGGACAGGAUCCAGGGGACGAGAACAUUGUAAUAGCGGGCUUGAAGCAACUCCGCCAUGCUCUUAUGCAGGUGUGGAAGCUGAAGCAAAGCUUGCUGUAUCUCCUAGGAUACUUCCUCCUCGGUGACUCUCUCAAUACAACGGUGACUGUGAUAUCGACCUUGCAAAAUAGCGUGUCAUCUUAUAAUACCUUGAACUUGACAUAUUUACUCAUCGUCGGGAUAGCCGCUCAGGCUCUCUACCAAGUCUUUUACGGCCUCUUCGUCUGUCCCUGGUACAGCUACUCCCAGGUCAUGAUCUCCGAGGUCACGCCUCGUGGCCACGACUUCCUCUUCUUUAGCUUGUUCAGCAUCAUUGGUAAGACGUCCUCGUUUAUCGGACCGCUGGUCUCCAGCGCUAUCAUCGAUGCGUCACCGUCGAGGAAUAACUCGACGCCCUUCUACUUCCUGUUUGGGUUGAGUGUGGCGAGCUUUGCCGUCUUGGUGAUCUGGUUGGAUCUGGAAAAGAGUCGGAAGGAGCAGGAGCAGUUUCUGCGGGAUCAGAAGGAGAGAGCGUUGCAGGCGGAGUGA